AUGUCUUUUUUAUUUUUGUCUCUUGUCGUGGCUGAUUUGAAAUUUGGAAUGCCCCCAAAAGGGCCUGUUCCGCCUUCAGGACCUAGUAGAGGCUCUUCUAAUUCUCCACCUCCACCACAUCAUUCCGCAAAUUUGAAUUUUGGAAUGCUGCCAAAAGGGCCAGUUCCGCCAUCGGGACCUAGCGGAGGAAUUUCUGCCUCUCCACCUCCACUACAUCAUCCAAAAAAUUUAUAUUUUGGAAUGCUGCCAAAAGGGCCAGUUCCGCCAUCAAGACCUAGCGGAGGAAUUUCUGCCUCUCCACCUCCACUACACCAUCCAACAAACUUGAAUUUUGGAAUGCUGCCAAAAGGGUCAGUUCCGCCAUCAGGACCUAGCGGAGGAAUUUCUGCCUCUCCACCUCCACUACAUCAUCCAACAAAUUUAUAUUUUGGAAUGCUGCCAAAAGGCCCUGUUCCACCAUCAGCACCGAGCAAAGGCUCUUCUGAUUCUCCUGCUCCACCAAGUCGUGUUUAA